UUCCUUUGAUUUUCUUCCUCUUCCAAAAUAGAUUUUCAAUUUUAGAUUUUAGUAGUACUGCUAAAUUAUUUCUUUACAAAUAUUCACAAUUCAUUAAAUAGUAGUACAUACACAUUAAUUUAAUAUUUCUAAUUGGUGAAGUAUUCUAUAUACGGCAAAACGUAUAGAGAGCCUUUGAAGUGUUUUGAAAUUUGUAUAUUUUUUCCGACUAAACAGUGAAAUUAACGUUAAGGAAAAAUAAAGUUGAUGUUAAGUCAGCUUCAUAAAAUAUGUAUUCGCAUAUUGUUACUAAGAAAGAAAGAUAUAAGAAAGAAUAGAAAACAUUACUCAUACUUAACCAAUAAAAAUGAAGUCUAUAGAUAUAAAAAAGUUAUUUGCAUUAGCAAGAAUGCUAAUAAUUGUAGAAAUUACUUAAAUUACUCAAGUGAAAAUGUUACUUUGCCAUCUCAAUCACAGAUUGUCAUUGCAGGUGCAGGAACAGUUGCUAAUUCUGUCGCCUAUCACCUUGUCCUUAACGGAUGGCAUGAUGUUCUUGUAUUGGAACAAAGCAGGAUCGGUAGUGGGACAUCAUGUUUUGGAUCUGGAAUUCUUGGUUUAUUCCAACCAAUCUCUCACAGGAAUUUGAUUUCUUAUAGUAUUAAAUUAUAUCAAAAAUUGCAAGAAAUGGGAUAUGAUAUAGGAUUGAAACAAUGUGGGAGCAUAAAUUUAGCACAAACGAAAGAUAGGAUAAUAGCUUUGAAAAGAAGAAUGGCAUAUAAUGUUCCAACUGGUUUACAUUGCGAGAUUUUAGAUAAAGAUCAUUUGAAACAAUUACAUCCAUAUCUGCAUGUAAAUGAUCUUGAAGGAGCCAUUUGGGUACCAGAAGAUGCUGUAGCAGAUCCUAAUGCUAUUUGUGAAAUUUUAGCAAGAUUAGCCAAACAAGGAGGAGCAAAAUAUAUUGAAAAUUGCAGAAUAGAACAAGUCUAUACUAAAAAUAAAGCUGUACAAAGUGUGCGAACUAAUCAGGGCAUAGUUAUUUGUGAAUAUUUCAUUAAUUGUGCAGGAAUGUGGGCUCGUGAAUUGGGUUUAAGAUGUAAUCCACCUGUAAGAAUACCAGCAUAUCCUGCAGAACAUUUCUAUGCAAUUACACCUCCUCUAUCACCAGAAUUGAAAAUAAAUCUACCAUGCGUUCGAGAUUUCGACUCAUAUUCGUAUAUAAGAGAAUGGCAGGGUGGUCUAUUGGUUGGUUGGUUUGAAGCUGAAGCCAAGCCUGCAUUUGAAAAUGGAUUAGUUCCAUCUAAAAACUGGACACGACACGUAAAGGAUGAUCCUAUUCAUUGGAAACCUCUUUGGGAUAAAAUCUUACAUAGAAUUCCAAUUCUGAAAAGUUUAAAGAAACCAGAUAUAUAUAAUUAUCCAGAUAAUUUUACUCCGGAUGGUAGAUGGAUUUUAGGUGAAAGUCCUGAAGUGAAAAACUACUUUGUUGCUGUGGGAAUGAAUGGAAAUUCGCUACAAGGAGCGGGAGGUAUUGGAAAAGAAGUUGCCGAAUGUUUAAUAAACGGUGAAUCUACCCAAGAACUCCUUCCAUUUAAUGUGCAAAGAUUUUUAGAUUUGCAUAAUAAUAAACAAUAUUUACAGCAAAGAAUUAAAGAAAUAGUUGGACGAAAUUAUGCUAUUCUCUAUCCUCAUCAAAGUGAAUACAAAUAUGCCCGUAAAUUGCGUUGUUCGCCGUUGUAUUCUGUUCUCGAGGAGCAUGGGGCUAUAUUUGGUGUUAAAAUGGCAUAUGAACGUCCACUUUAUUUCGAUUCAAACUAUCGUCGAGGACAAAAGAAACCAGUUAUGCCAUUAGGAAGUUUUUAUAAACCUAAAUUUUUUGACUUUAUGAAGGAAGAAUUUCAAGCAUGUCGAGAGGGUGUAGGAAUAAUAGAUAUGAGUUCAUUUUCUAAAAUUGAAAUUAAAUCUAGUCGCUUGGAAGUAGUAAAUUACCUACAAAAAUUAUGUUCCAAUAAUGCAAAUAUACCAAUUGGUGGUAUAGUGCAUACAGGUAUGCAAAAUGAAAGAGGUGGCUAUGAGAAUGAUUGUAUGCUAGUUCGUCAAGCAGAAAAUAGUUACUUUAUGGUUUCACCAACUUCACAACAAACACGUAUUUAUCAAUGGAUGUCCAGGCAUUUACCAUACGAUCAUUCUGUUGGUCUUAAUGAUGUGACUUCAAAAUAUACAGUUAUUAACAUGGUAGGACCUAAAUCUACUGAAUUACUCUCUGAGCUUUCUAAUUCAGACAUUAAUCUCUCUCCUUUCACUUACAAGACAGUAAAUGUCGCUUAUGCCUCUGAUGUAAUGGUUAUGGCAUUUACACAUACCGGUGAAUCUGGAUAUUGUUUAUAUAUACCUUCCGAAUACGCAUUGCACGUAUACUCAACGUUAAUGGAAAUUGGUAAAGAUUAUGGUGUGCGCGAUGUUGGUGUGCUCACACAACGCUUCAUGAGGAUAGAACGUUUUAUUCCUUUUUGGGCAGAAGAGUUGACACCAUUCGUUACACCCUAUGAAGCAGGAUGUGGAUACAGUGUUAAACUGGAUAAAGAAUAUUUCAUUGGAAAAUUUGCAUUACAACGUCAGAAAGAACAAGGUGUCACUAAGAGACUAGUAUUGUUUAUGCUCAACGAACUUGAUACUAAUAAAAAUAUAUGGGCAUGGGGUGGAGAACCUAUAUAUCGAAAUGGUGAAUUUGUUGGAACUAUUACAUCUGCAGGAUAUGGGUUUGCUACAGAAAAACUUAUAUGUCUUGGUUUUAUUAGUUUACCUGGUAUGAAAUAUCUUCAAAACAACACGAAUGUUGUUACUACGGAUUUUAUAAUGGAACCAACAUCACAUUAUGAAAUAGAUAUUGCUGGGUGUAGAUUUUCUGCAAAACCCCAUAUUCACCCUUUACCAAUUCCUGCCUUAAACAGUAAACUCAAUAAAAAAUAUAUUCCUACUCCAGUUACAUCUUAUCAAAGCGAUAUAUCACGAUAAAAAUACUGCGUUUUGUCAUUAUAUAUUUCAUAUAUAAAAACAUGAGAAAAUAUAUUAAGAUCUCAUAAGUCAAAGAUGAUUGUGGAUAGAAAAAAGGAAAAAAGAA